CCUCGGGGAUUGGGGCGGAGUGGCUGUGGUGACCCGGCUUGGGCGGCGUCUCUGAGGAGCUGGCUGGCUUUGGGUUUCCCCCGGGAGGAGCUGUUUUGCGGCAGGCGGAGCUGCAGGCUGGGCAGGGCUUAGCCUGUGCGCUUCUGCUGGCCUCCUUUUCGCCCUCCCACCCGCACUGCAGUCUCCAGCCAGAGCCAUGGGCCGCCGAGCCCUCCUGCUCCUGCUUCUGUCUUUUCUGGCGCCCUGGGCCACCAUAGCCCUCCGGCCGGCCUUAAGGGCCCUCGGCAGCCUACACUUGCCAACCAACCCCACAUCCCUCCCGGCUGUAGCCAAGAACUAUUCGGUUCUCUACUUCCAACAGAAGGCCCUUGCUGCUGGGCACUUGCAUAUAUGUGUUAUCCAACUAAAUCAUUACAAGACUCCUCUGGUUGAUCAUUUUGGAUUUAAUACUGUGAAAACUUUUAAUCAGCGGUACCUAGUAGCUGAUAAAUACUGGAAGAAAAAUGGUGGAUCAAUUCUUUUCUACACUGGUAAUGAAGGGGACAUUAUCUGGUUUUGUAAUAACACGGGGUUCAUGUGGGAUGUGGCUGAGGAACUGAAAGCUAUGUUGGUGUUUGCUGAACAUCGAUACUAUGGAGAGUCUCUCCCCUUUGGUGACAACUCAUUCAAGGAUUCCAGACACUUGAAUUUUCUGACAUCAGAACAAGCUCUGGCUGAUUUUGCAGAGUUAAUCAAACACUUGAAAAGAACAAUCCCAGGAGCUGAAAAUCAACCUGUCAUUGCCAUAGGAGGCUCCUAUGGUGGCAUGCUUGCAGCCUGGUUUAGGAUGAAAUAUCCUCAUAUGGUAGUUGGAGCUCUUGCAGCUUCUGCCCCUAUCUGGCAGUUUGAGGAUUUAGUACCUUGUGGGGUAUUUAUGAAGAUUGUAACUACAGAUUUUAGGAAAAGUGGUCCACAUUGUUCAGAGAGCAUCCGCAGGUCCUGGGAUGCCAUUAAUCGACUCUCAAAUACUGGCAGUGGUUUGCAGUGGCUUACUGGAGCCCUUCAUUUAUGCAGCCCAUUAACUUCUCAGGACAUCCAACAUUUGAAAGACUGGAUCUCCGAAACCUGGGUGAAUCUGGCAAUGGUGGACUAUCCUUAUGCAUCUAACUUUUUACAGCCUUUGCCUGCUUGGCCUAUCAAGGUAGUGUGCCAGUAUUUGAAAAAUCCCAAUGUAUCUGAUUCACUGCUGCUGCAGAAUAUUUUCCAAGCUCUGAAUGUAUAUUACAAUUAUUCGGGCCAGGUGAAAUGCCUGAAUAUUUCAGAGACAGCAACUAGCAGUCUGGGAACACUGGGUUGGAGCUAUCAGGCCUGCACAGAAAUAGUCAUGCCCUUUUGUACUAAUGGUGUCGAUGACAUGUUUGAACCUCACUCAUGGAACUUAAAGGAACUUUCUGAUGACUGUUUUCAGCUGUGGGGUGUGAGACCAAGGCCCUCCUGGAUCACUACUAUGUAUGGAGGCAAAAACAUUAGUUCACACACAAACAUUGUUUUCAGCAAUGGUGAGCUAGACCCCUGGUCAGGAGGUGGAGUAACUAAGGAUAUCACAGACACUCUGGUUGCAGUCACCAUCUCAGAGGGGGCCCACCACUUAGAUCUCCGCACCAAGAAUGCCUUAGAUCCUACGUCUGUGCUGUUAGCCCGCUCCUUGGAAGUUAGACAUAUGAAGAAUUGGAUCAGAGAUUUCUAUGACAGUGCGGGAAAGCAGCACUGAGAAACUUUUGAUUGUUUUCAGUUUCUUCUUUUAUGUUCACACCACCACAUUCCCAUUCACUUUGAUUUUCUACAUGUAAUUACCUUCUUUUGUUUAUCAUUAGAUUUGAUGGGGCCAAGGUUGAGAUAGAAUAGAGGGUGAUGACGGUAAGAACAACUGCCCCAUGAAUGUGAUUUCCUGGGUUCUUACUGUCUUUACACCAUGUCUAGGAAGAAUCUUCUUGAUAGCUCUCCCACACCGUCAGUGGCGCUCAUAACUGGAGCAGAGUUCCUGAUUGCUUUUCAUAAGAGGGAGAGUUACUUUCUUUGUAUUUCUGCAAAGCAGAGAUUUCUCUUUGGUUUUGAGGUUGAAGUGUCUUUGGCCCAUGUGUAAGUCCCCAUCCCUAUCCUACACAAAGUAAAAGCAGAAGAUAGAUAAAAAAUGAUGUAAUUGCAGCUGGUAGGAUGUCUGGUGCCAAUCCAGGAAGUGAGAGCCAUUUCUUUUGUACUGGAUUUAAUGACUUUGAAUUGUGCUGUAAAUAAAGACUACAGCUGGACCUUA